CUCAAUUGAAGCCAAUUGCACCGUUUAAUUUUUGAUGGAUGUGAAUAAAUACUUUCGGCAAUAGCACUACGAUACUACGAUAACUAACAAAUUUCAUAAUUUCCCUUAUUCAAUGACUUAUCCCGUCUAGAGAUAUUCAUAAUGCCUGCCCUGGACACAGCUUCAAUCUCAUCAUCAUCGUCACCAGCUCAUAAAGCAAAGGCUGGUGCUGCUGCUGCUAGUGGUGAGCUAUCCAAACCAAAGGAUAAGGAUACCAAAGAUGCCCAGACGCAGCCCAUCCAGAUCCUAGCGUCCUCGCAGGCCCAAGUCGUCAGACACCUGCAGCCGGCGCUGCUCGUGUCCUUGUUCCUGGCACGCUUCAGAACUCUAGUGGCCGACCCGGUCUCGGCCCUGUCGAGCGCGCUCCCCGUCGUUGUCGCCGUCCAGGUCACGUACGCCGUCGUGUGCCUGCCCGCCGUCGGCUCUAGCGCCGCGAAGCCCGCGAGGAAGCCUCGCCCUGGGGAGAAGAAGAAGGCCGGAGGGCCGGAGAGCAGCGGGCCGAAUAUCGCUGUCACCACCCUCGUCGCCCUCAUCCUCUCCGCCCUCUCCACUCUCCCCCUCCACGCCAUCCUGGUCCUCUUCGGCGCGCCCUUCCUCACGCACGUCGAGCACACCUUCCUCGGCGCGGCGCACCUGUCCGCCCUGGCCCUCUUCCCGCUGUUCUACUCGCGCGGCGUGUCCGGCGCCGACUGGCACGAGGUCCUGAGCGCGAGCGCCCCGCUCGACGAGCCCUUCGCCGGGCUCGUCGGCGCCUGCGUCGGCGCUUGGCUCGGCGCCGUGCCCAUCCCGCUCGAUUGGGAUCGCGAGUGGCAGAAGUGGCCGGUGACCAUUGUCGCGGGGGUUUACGCCGGGUAUUUGGUCGGCAAGGGGUUGGGAGGUACGGUGGCUUUUGGGAAGAGGUUCUUUUGAGGUUAGGAUGGUGGUAACGUAACGGCUAGGUAACCAGCAUAUUGCGUGGCCCGUGGCGCGAAGACAUCAUCGUCACCUGGAUGUGUGGCCUGUAGAAGCUCGGCGGUAGAUUUUCACGGGGCUACUUGGUCUUCCGUCGAAUCAACUUAUUAGUCCAUACUAUCUAUACUGACCCUCAGAGCUUAUUACGCUCGUCUCUGCCUUGGUGUCUUUUAAUAUAAUUCAUUCGAUUUGAUAU